CUGGGUGACGCAGGCAGCUCUCGAGCUCGGCGGGCGUGGUGACGUGCGACCCGUCACGUGAACCGCCCCCGUUUUAAACGGCGUCCGAGCUGGCGCCCGGCUCUUUUGUGAUCGCGAGCGGCCGUGGAAGGUGAACGUUGCUGGCGCGAGCAGGCAGGAAAGAGGAACAGUUAACAAUGUUAUCCCGAUUCUCACGUUACAUAAAUUCCAGUGGUUCGGUUUUGAAGCAAAGAAUCCAGGCGGUGACCUAUUUUGGUGCCACGGAAGCUUCAUUAAAAACUGACAAGUCAAUCACUCCUGAAGAAAUUUUUGCUCGUGAAGAAAAGUAUGGCGCUCAUAAUUACCACCCCCUGCCUGUUGCGUUGGUCAGAGGAGAAGGAAUUUAUGUGUGGGAUGUUGAAGGCAGGCGGUACUUCGACUGCCUGAGUGCUUACAGUGCUGUGAAUCAGGGACAUUGUCAUCCAAAGAUUAUUGCUGCACUUAAAUCACAAGCUGAUAAAUUGACUCUCACUUCACGAGCUUUCUACAAUAACGUACUGGGGGAAUAUGAAGAAUAUAUUACUAAAUUGUUCAACUACAACAAGUUGCUGCCGAUGAAUACAGGUGUAGAAGGAGGAGAAACUGCCUGCAAGUUGGCUCGCAAAUGGGCAUAUGAAGUUAAAGGAAUUCCUAAAUACAAAGCAAAAAUCCUUUUUGCAGCUGGCAAUUUUUGGGGUAGGACUAUAUCUGCCAUUUCCAGUUCAACAGACCCCAGUUGUUAUGAAGGAUUUGGCCCGUUUAUGCCUGGGAUUGAAAUUAUUCCAUACAAUGAUCUGCCAGCAAUCGAGCGUGCAUUCCAAGACCCGAAUAUGGCAGCUUUUAUGGUGGAACCCAUCCAGGGAGAAGCCGGUGUAGUUGUUCCAGACAAAGGUUAUCUUCAAGGAGUGAGAGAAUUGUGCACAAAGUAUAAUGUCCUAUUCAUUGCGGAUGAAGUACAAACCGGACUGGCUAGAACUGGUCGCAGAUUGGCAUGUGAUCAUGAAGGCGUUAAACCAGAUAUUGUUAUACUUGGAAAAGCACUCUCUGGGGGAGUAUAUCCUAUUUCAGCUGUUUUAUGUAAUGAUGAAAUUAUGUUGACCAUUAAGCCAGGUCAGCACGGGUCUACAUAUGGUGGCAAUCCAUUGGCAUGUCGCAUUGCUAUUGCUGCCCUAGAGGUCCUUGAAGAAGAGAAACUGGCAGAAAAUUCAGAAGAAAUGGGAAUGCUCUUUCGAAGUGAGCUGAUGAAACUGCCGUCAGAUGUUGUGACUGCUGUGCGAGGAAAGGGAUUAUUAAAUGCGAUUGUUAUUAAAAAUACAAAAGAUUUUGAUGCCAUGGAUGUUUGUCUUCGUCUACGAGAUAAUGGGCUGCUAGCUAAGCCAACCCACGGGGACAUCAUUAGACUGGCACCUCCUCUUGUGAUCAAAGAGGAAGAAAUACGAGAAAGUGUGGACAUCAUCCAGAAGACAAUUUUGUCAUUUUGAAGGGGACUGAAACUUGAUGUGUGUGCUUUCUUUUCAACAAGGUGGUAUUUCUUGCUCAUUGUACCAGGGAUUUAUUUGAAGCUGCAGAUGUUUUUCAACCCCUUCUCAAAUAAUCAUACUUAAGAAAUUUAAAUUCAGUGAAAUAAUACACUUAGUUUGAACUUUUGGUGAGAUUGUAGUCUACUUACUGCCUUUAACUAUCCAAAGAUUCUAUAUAGUCAUCACUAUGGGAUUUAAAAAAAAAUGUUUUUGCUUUGACCAGGUUAUUGAAUGAUGUAACCCAAUUUACACACAUCAUUCUCUGAAACUUUCAUUGACAUAAUGCAAGUUGAAUCAUCCGAUGGAGAAUGUUAUGCAUUUUUUUGGUUUCCAUGCUGCUAACGUUUGGAAAAUGAAAUGUUUCCCCAUCGCUGUCAUUGAAUCGGAGCUUUAGCUUCUGUGUUCACAGUCUGCAAUUUAUCAACAGUCAAAAUUGAAUAAGUACAUUUAUAGCACAACUACAAGGCUUUUCAGGGUAAAUGUGUAAUUAUUAUAUUUUGAGGACAUGACUUCAGCAUGGAAAAGAUAAAAAUGUUGUCUGGAAGCAGAAAUGGAAUCCUGUCUUCAACAUCACACUUCAGGAUCAGAAAAUGGUGGAUUGGAUGAAGUAUGAUGUGAUUACCAACAUAUGCUAUGUAAAUAUAGUUUGGAUGCAAUUAAGUUAUCUAGAUUUUGAUCCAGUGUGCUUGGCUGAUACCUCUGAAGUUGUGACUUGCUACCUUGCUGAGCACUCAUUGCGGUGAGCUGGUAUAUUUUUAGGAUGCAUCUGAGAAUCUGUUACAUAAUUCUGUGCAGUAAAUGAGAUUAUGUUGACCCUAUUGAAUUCUUCUGUUCAUUAGAAAAAGCCUUGGAUGCUACUGUAAUGAUAAACCAAGGUUUUUGUUCAGCUGUACAAGAGCAAGAUGUAUAUUCUUGUAAGAUGCUCAUUAUGCAAUAUCCUUGGUUUAAUAAAGUAUUUUGAAAAGGA